CUCGACUGGGGGGGUCCCCGUGGGUGCAGCCCCUCAGGGCAGUGCAGGACUUUGGGGUCCCCGUGAGGGGACCCUUAGAGGGGAGUGCAGGAUUUUGGGGUCCCAUUGGGUGCAGCCCCUGUAGGGCAGUGCAGGAUUUUGGGGUCCCCUUGGGUGCAGUUCUUGGAGGGGAGUGCAGGAUUUUGGGGAUCACCUUGGGUGCAAGGCAGUGCAGAAUUUUGGGGUCCCCUUGGGUGCAGCCGCUGCAGGGCAGGGCAGGAUUUUGGGGUCCCCUUGGGUGCAGCGGAGUGCAGGAUUUUGGGGUCCCCACGGGUGCAGCCCCUUGAGGGCGGUGCAGGAUUUUGGGGUCCCCUUGAGUGAAGGGCAGUGCAGAAUUUUGGGAUCCCUGCCCUUAGAGGGGAGUGCAGGAUUUUGGGGGGUCCCUUUGAGUGCAGCCCCUGCAGGGCAGUGCAGGAUUUUGGGGGGUCCCUGGGGGUGCAGCCCCUAGAAGGGAGUGCAGAAUUUUGGGGGGUUCCCUUGGGUGCAGAGCAGUGCAGGAUUUUGGGGUCCCCUUGAUCGCAGCCCUUAGAAGGGAGUGCAAGAUUUUGGGGUCCCCGUGGGUGCAGCCUUUGGGGUUGCUCUGUAGAACUCGGGGCCCCCCGGGGGUGUCACCUCUCAGGGGUUUUUGGGGUGCCCCCGAGGUGUUCCCUUUGAGGGGGGGGUGUUGCUGGGUUCUGGGGUUCAUUCGCCUGAGCUAGCAGGGUUUGGGGGUCCCCAAAUUAAUCACUGCAGGAGAGGGUCCUCAAGAGGUUUGGGGGGGCUUUGGUACCCCCAGAAAUCAGGGGGAGGUGUUGGGGUGCCCUGAGGAGCCCCUGGCUUGGGUGUGACUCUGAGGAACCCCAUUUUUGGGGUGACACUGAAGACUCCGUUUUGGGGUGACCCUGAGCCCCAUCAGUUUGGAGGUGACCCCAAGACCCGCUGGUUUUGGGGGUGACCCCUGAUUUUGGGGGUGACCCCUGCAACCCCCACAUUUGGGAGUGCCCCAAACCCCGCUUUUGCCGUAUCCCCGAGACACCCCCAUUUCUGAGUACCCCCUGCCUCACCCCCGUUUUUGGGGUGACCCUGAGGACCCCCCGUUUUUGGGGGUGACCCGGUGACCGUUUCGGGGUGCCGGGGCCAUGGCGUGGGCGCUGAAGCUGCCGCUGGCGGACGAGGUGAUCGAGUCGGGGCUGGUGCAGGAUUUCGACGCCAGCCUCUCGGGCAUCGGGCAGGAGCUGGGUGCUGGCGCCUACAGCAUGAGCGACGUCCUGGCCCUGCCCAUCUUCAAGCAGGAGGAGUCCAGCCUGCCCCCCGAGAGCCAGGACAAGCUGCUGCCCUUCCAGUACGUGCUGUGCGCCGCCACCUCGCCCGCCGUCAAGCUGCACGACGAGACCCUCACCUACCUCAACCAAGGUCAAUCCUAUGAGAUCCGGAUGUUGGACAACAGGAAACUCGGGGAGCUGCCCGAGAUCAACGGGAAGCUGGUCAAGAGCAUCUUCCGGGUGGUUUUCCACGACCGGCGGCUGCAGUACACGGAGCACCAGCAGCUGGAGGGCUGGAGGUGGAACAGACCUGGCGACAGGAUCCUGGACAUAGAUAUCCCGAUGUCCGUGGGCAUCAUCGACCCCCGCGCGAACCCGACCCAGCUCAACACCGUGGAGUUCCUGUGGGACCCCUCCAAGAGGACCUCGGUCUUCAUCCAGGUGCACUGCAUCAGCACGGAGUUCACGCUGCGCAAGCACGGCGGUGAGAAGGGCGUUCCCUUCCGCGUGCAGAUCGACACCUUCCGCGAGAAUGAGAGCGGCGAGUACACCGAGCACCUGCACUCCGCCAGCUGCCAGAUCAAGGUGUUCAAGCCCAAAGGAGCGGACCGGAAGCAGAAGACGGACCGGGAGAAGAUGGAGAAGCGAACGCCACACGAGAAGGAGAAGUACCAGCCCUCAUACGAGACCACCAUCCUGACCGAGUGCUCGCCCUGGCCCGAGGUCACCUACGUGCCCAACGCGCCCUCGCCCGGCUUCAACAGCUCCCACAGCAGCUUCUCCAUCGGGGACGGCAGCGGGUCCCCGAGCCACCAGCCCGACCCCCCCGCGCCCCUGGCUGACACGCUGCUGCCCACCUGGAGCCCGCAGGAGGCUCAGCAGUGGCUGCACCGCAACCGCUUCUCCACCUUCUCACGGCUCUUCAGGAACUUCUCAGGGGCAGACCUGCUGAAGCUGACACGGGAAGAUGUGAUCCAGAUCUGUGGCCCCGCUGACGGCAUCCGGCUCUUCAACGCCCUCAAGGGCAGGAUGGUGCGGCCCCGCCUGACCAUCUACGUGUGCCAGGAGUCGCAGCAGGUGAGGGAGCCCCAGCACGAGCACGAGGACGGCGACGGAGGCAGCGGCACCUUCUUUGUGUACCACGCCGUGUACCUGGAGGAGCUGACGGCGGCCGAGCUGGCAGAGAAGCUGGCACAGCUGUUCCGGGUGCCCGCCCAGCACAUCCAGCACAUCUACAAACAGGGCCCCACGGGCAUCCACGUGCUGGUCAGCGACCAGAUGAUCCAGAACUUCCAGGAUGAAUCCUGCUUCGUCCUGGACACCCUGAAAGCCGAGACCAACGACAGCUACCACAUCAUCCUGAAAUAGGGGCAGGUGAGGGACAGGUGAGGAGCACCUGCGGCCUCUCAGCACACCUGGACACC